AUGUCGUCUAGGUAUCCUAUCCAGCUAUUUAUUGUACAAAGGAGAUUUGUCCACGGUAAUUGUAUUUAAUACGUUAGAGUAAACAUUAUUUUGACGAUUCAGCCUUUUAAUCUAAUUACAAAUAAAUACACUUUUAAACAGUAAAUUGCAAUACCUGCUUACGUAGUAAUGUUGUACAUGUUUAGACAGUAAAGGAAGCAAAUUCAUAAAGAUAGGAAAUGUAAAGGUACCAGUAAGGAGAGCAGAGAGAGCCGAAUAUGUACCAAAAGGAUACGGUAAGUGAGACAGUCUUGUUACCUCAAAGACUAGUAAACUAGUACAAUAUAUUUUACUAUAGCAUACUCAAAUGUACUGUUUAGUAACUGAGGGAAAGACAGAAUGGGGCUUACAAGGUUUGAAGUGGCUGUUGAGGAAAGAUGUUCUGAACCAAGAUGUCUUCCUGAUUGGAGUGCCAGGUUCUCUACGAUCAGACCUCGUGUUAAGUUACCUGGAGUUGUCAAAUAGAGAAUUCGAAUAUCUGUCGCUGACUCGAGACACGACAGAAGCUGACAUUAAGCAAAGAAGGGAGAUCCAGAAUGGUACUGCACAGUACACGGAUUUGGUAGGUUUAAAGUAAUCUUUGAGCAAUUAAAUUACAAAAAUGAUUCCUAAAUUAAGAAAUAAGACUGUUGUAGUAUAAUGUUUUUUACAAUGUAAACUGUUGUUUCAGUGCUCAGUACGAGCGGCUUUAAAUGGCAGAGUACUAGUGAUCGAUGGUGUUGAGAAGGCUGAACGUAACGUGCUGCCGAUUCUGAAUAACCUACUCGAGAACAGAGAAAUGCAACUUGAUGAUGGUCGAUUUCUAAUGGAUCCAGUCAAAUUCGACAAACUUUUGCAGGUAGAUAAAGAUAGCUAAUACCAGAUGUGUGAGAUCGUUUUGUUUGAAAUAACAUUCAUAAUUUAGAAGUACAAUCCAGAAGAAAUGACCAAGAUGAAGUUGGAACGGGUAUCAGAAGACUUCCACGUGAUAGCGUUAGGCCUUCCAGUACCGGUCUUCAAAGGACAUUCUCUAGAUCCACCCUUGAGAAGUCGCUUCCAAUGCCUGAAUCUGUCAGGACUGCCAUUUGAAGUCGUGCAACAGAUGUGCUCAUCAGUAUCUCCUAACAUCGACCCAAUAAAGAGGAAUAAUGUGAUUGGAGUUUGCUUUGGGAUCAAUGUACAACAACAAGGUACCAGUUUGGGGCUGCCAAGAGUACCAAUCGACAACAUGGUCAAGGCUUUUGAAGUUUGGGUAAGAAAGACAGUUUUUAGGGAUAAUGUGAUGAGGAAACAGUUGAAAUGUAGUUUACUACAUGCAUUUUUGUAGUAUACUACCUUCAGUUAGCUCUGUCUUACUCAUGUUUGUAAAGUUACUACUGUACUUAUUACUUUGAUCUACAUCUUCUUGCCAAUCACUGUCGUUAACUUGAUCGCGCACUGGCUUUCCUCGUACUGAUCUGUCUCGUACUGACUCUUCUCGUGCUGAAGGUUUGCUGGAUCGUUUUGAGAGGGUACGGUGACUUCUUCUGGCCUUUCUUCUUCUAGAAGUUGAAUUCCUGGAACAGUUGAACACCAGAAGUAGCUGAAUACUCAACAAGUAUAAGAUAAGGUGCAAGGUCAUUGUUGGCACAACCGAUGACCAAAUUAUUCUGUAAAAGAUGGUUUUAAACUAUUUUUGACAGAAUUGAAUAUAACGAUGAGUUUUGUUUUCAAAAAAUUGAAUAGAGAUCUAUCGUUAUCGUUGUAUUUUCAGAAUCUGAAUCCGACGUUAUCUGAAGAAGAAGUGAUCGCUUCUUUCUACCCCAAGAGCAGUAUUCUGAAGCGAGAAACCGAACUGUCAAUAUACAAUCAGUUCCUGGAUGACUUUUCUGUCAAACGAAAUAAGAAACUACCCCCGGCCACAUCAGAAAUGGCAUCAGAAGACAGUACCGUCAAAAUCAACAGAAACAACGAUAAUGUAACCUUCACGGUACCUACAGGCACGGUAACCGAGAAUAUUAAGCACUCACCCUUCGUAUCAACCCCUUAUCACGAAGAUGUCAUGUCGCAUCUGAUGACCUUACACUCCAAAGUGGACUUUUGUCUGUUGGGAGGCAAGGGAACGGGCAAGACAGCGAUCAUCGAGGAGUUCGGCCGACGACUCAACUACCAUUUGGAGACGAUAACUCUCUUCCAGGACAUGAACAGUCGCGAGCUGGUGCAGCAGAGGAAGAUGUUGCCUAACGGCGACACGGUGUGGGAGGACUCUCAGUUGAUCAAGGCUGCCAAGGAAGGCAGUCUGUGUGUGCUGGACGGACUGGAGAAGGUACAUUGGAGCACGGCAGAGGUGCUGGCUCCACUGGUGUUCCACAGGUUCAUUCACUUACCUGACGGCGGCCGGCUGAUCAGCCCUGAGGCAUUUGAGUUGUUGAAGAAGGAAAAUGGGUGGAGCGACAAAGAGUUGAAUCUGAAGUGGGUUGGUGAUAUAAUAUUAACUACAACUUAAAAAAUUAAUUAAUUAUUUCAUAUUUGUUUUUAACCAUGUAAACGAUGGUAUAAUAUUACUUUUAGGGGUGUUUAUGAGAUUUCACCUCGUUUCCGACUGGUCGCUUUGGCCGAUUCCCAAAGUGCUGAUGGAUCAGGUCCGACUUCGAAAUGGCUGAACGACCAGAUACUGAGCUUGUUCUUGUUUAAAUCACUCGAGGUGAUGACACUGGAGGAAGAGAAACACCUCAUAUUAUCCCUUGUGCCAAACUCUAAAGGCGAAACUUCAGAAAAGCUGAUUCAGUUUUCGAAUUACCUGAAGUCAUCAUCUGAUGUGAACGUAAGCAUUUUUAUGUUAUCAGUACGAAAAAAGAAUAAGAGCCCUGCAAGGUGCAAUUCCUAAAAAAAGAUUUGUUCCGACUGCACUGUGCAGAUGGUUAAAAAUCUUGCACGGUGCAGACUUUGUUGGCCUUAUUAUUUAUUGCACAGUGCAUUUCGUGAGAGUUCAACCUUUGCACGGUGCAAUCCUUUUUUGUCAAUUGCACUGUGCGACUUUCUUUUUCUUACGGAGCGACGUUCAAAAGAUGCACCGUGCAAUCAUCGCAAUUCCUUCACUGUGCGAUGUCGCAGGUGUGAUCUCGCUUGCGACACUCAAAAAAUUUGCGAUUUCCUGACAUUUUUUUCAAAAACAUCGCUUUCUCUUUUUUCUUUGAAUGUCGCUAUGGCACUGCCAACUGAGAAAAAUUGAGCGACAUCCGCGACAAGUGCCUGAGCUUUGCGACAUCAAUCUCACUUUUCAUUGUCGCUGUUGAAAAAUCUUGCGACAAGUCUUCGCUUGGCUGUUUGAGAUGCGACAAAACUGUCGCUGUUACCAAAAAACGCCCUUUGGUUUCAUUGAAAUGGUUGCGACAAUAUUUCUGUCGCAGACGGUUUUUGCGACAAACUGCAUCGUGCAAUGUUUUCAAUGUGUUUCUGUUUUUCGGCAAUCGAUUGCAAGGAAUUCUGCACUGUGCAGUUGAAUCGCGACAUUAUUCGAUUUCACUGUGCAGAAGUUUGGUUCUUAUUCUCUGCACGGUGCAGAAGCUUGUCUCCGAAAAGAAGAGGAUUGCACUGUGCAAAGGUUAAGUUGGUGGUUGCACUGUGCAAUGGUUCUUAUCGGCAGGCGUUUUGCACGGUGCAUGGGAUAAAGACGAUUUUGAAGGGACUGCACCGUGCAAAGAUUAUGGUUUUUUUGCACGGUGCAAUCGAUUAAAUGGUUUUAAAGUUUUCUGGCGAUUGCACUGUGCAGGUCUCUGAUUCUUUUUCGAAAAACUUAAAAUUUAAAAAAAGUUAAUUAUGAUUUGUUUAACUUUACAUUGACAACUAUUACUUUUAGUUGCGACACAUUGGGGCGCUGUUGUCGAUGCGACGUAUAAUAUCGAUAAUGAAGCGAAGCGCCCAGAAGCCGGAAGAAGGGUUGUACAAUGUGAUCAACCGGUCGGCGUUGUCAAAGUUUCUUCCGCGACUCACCAAGAGUUCCUUUUUAAAAGCGAUGGACAAGUUUGGCAUAAGUCCAGAAAAUGCGUCAUCCGCGACAAACUCUGGAUGGAAGGAGGAGCUGAAGGCGGGUCAGAAUCCAUCACAUCAUGACUCUAUGAUACCUGACGUCGUCUUCUUUGAUAACACGCAGGUAAUAAGAUUCGGAUGACACUUUUUAUAGAUAUAAGUAUACUUUUUGUAAGUAUAAGUGUCACUUGUUAUAGGUUUAUUGUUGUAGUUAAACGAAACAUAUUGUUUUAGCACAUGAAAAUAAUGGAGGACAUGGCAGUCGACUUCUCUCUGGGAGAACAUAUCUUGUUGAUAGGCAACCAAGGAGUGGGGAAGAACAAGAUUACCGACAGAUUCUUACAACAUAUCCAGCGACCGCGACAAUACAUGCAGCUACAUAGGUAUGACAAUGUAUUAUUUGGCGAUAUUGUAUAUAUGCCAUUCCUUUUUUAUGUUAUAUAUAACGUUUUUAUGACAUUUAUAUCUUGUAACUGGCAUUUUAGAGAUACGACUGUGCAAAGUCUUACCGUGCAAUCUACCGUAGCCGAAGGGAAACUUCUGUUUGAGGAUUCUCCAUUGGUAAAAGCGGUCAAAGAUGGUCUAGUGUUGGUGGUGGAUGAGGCUGACAAAGCCCCAUUACAUGUGAUCGCCGUCCUGAAGUCACUUCUGGAUUCUGGGUAUCUGUAUCUGGCUGACGGCCGACGGAUUCAGCCUCCAGGAGCAGAACACUUACCUGACAACAAGUCUAUCACCAUUCACUCUGACUUCAGGAUCAUAAUGUUGGCCAAUCGACCAGGCUUUCCUUUCUUGGGGAACGAUCUGUUCAACGUUCUCGGCGAUCUGUUUGCUGUUCACGUCGUCGACAAUCCAGACCCACAUUCAGAAGCCGAGAUGCUGAAGCAGUACGGACCUGGUGAGUACCAGAGUUAUCACUUUAUACUUGAAGUUACAGUAUUUGCUACAGUAUACUUGAUUUCACAGUUGUUUCUGUAUAUUUGAGUUUGACAUUACCAUUUCAGAAGUGAAACAAGAAACGAUUGACCUUCUAGUGUCAGUCUUUGGCAAACUUCGUCGUAUGUCAGAUGAAGGUCAACUCAACUAUCCAUACUCGACUCGAGAGCUGGUUAAUAUCGUCAGACAUGUCAACCAAUUCCCAGACGAUCCUCUGAUAGAAGUGGUCAGAAACGUAUUCGACUUCGACGCCUACUCCAAGGAUACUGUAGGCACAAUCGAGACCGUAUUCCGCGCACAUGGCAUUCCUUUAGGUACGAAGACUAAGUAGAUCUAUGUUAAUAUCAAGGUGUAGUACUGGUUUGUUUCCUAUUUAUACUUUUUACUUUAGUAUUGUAGAGUAUGUUGUUGUUGAAUAAACCUUAAUCCAACUACUUGUAGGCUUGAUUGACCGCGAAUUGCCUGUCCAUCUGGCCAAACGAUACCCCUUGCCAGAAGCCACGCCCUUAGGCAGUUGGGGAGUUCGGAACAAUGUUGUUCCACACAAAGUACAGAUGAGCGACACUAGGAUCACCACUUCUGUAUGCCUUUUCUAUUUUAAGUUGGUCAAAAAGUUUUUAGAACUUUUUAAAAUACGACUUCUUUUUGAUAAAAUUUUGAUUAUUCUAUGAACUUUUUGUCCAAAGUAGUAAUCCUAAUUUGAUAGAAAUUUAAAAACCUUAAAUAAAACCAAAUUUAGCAAUCACAAGCCUGGGGCGACGCCCACAACGACCUUUUAAUACAGUACACCCGAGCCUACGGUUUCAGCGAGCAAAGCCAAAUGUGGCAGUUGGAGAUGGAGGACGGAGCUAUGGUAUCUGACGUCCUGAAUCAAGGACAACGAACCGUCGUAGCUGGUGUGAAUUCUCCAACUCUAUUCGUCAUGCAACAUCCAAAACAGUCACAUGCUAUCAAGAUACCGAUAUCGUCGUAUCUACCACGCCUUUUCGGCAACUACAGACCUCGCCUGACUAUGGCCAGGUUCGGGUCGAAUGAAAUACUGGUUCAUGAGGAAAUGGUAGGUCGAAAGUUUCUUAAAGCUUUGUAUACUUGUUUGUUUGAAGAUGUUUUCUUUAUCUGUUUAUGGCGUUGUUUCAGAGCAAUACCUUGUUGAAAGUCAACUUCAUUGACAAUGUUAUCGAACAAGUAGAGCUGGAGGACGAGAACAGAUUCGUCAAGUUGUUCACCAACAAAAGUAAGUCAAUGUUAUCUAAUUGAACCUCUAACUUUUUAAAAUUGGUUAUUAAUAUGUUACGGUGACUGUUACAGUAGCCAUGGACGGAAAUCAUUGGAAAUUAAUCAGCGUGUCAGAUACGGUAGCUUUACUGUACGAUCGUAUGGGCAACACUUUGAUUAAACUGGAUUCCAAAACGAAUUCGAAGAUAACUCUGACAUUGCCAGAAGACACGGCCAUAAACAAUAUCAUACCAGUCAAUGAAAACCGGCUUCUGGUACUCGGAAAUGACAAGUAAGGCCUCUUUUAUCAACUAUUGUUAUGAAAACACUACAUGACUUGAAUGUAUAGUAAUUUAAAGAUCAAAAUUAGCCGAGAUUGAGAGAACGAUGACUAUUACCAUUCCUAAAGUUUGUAAGAGAUACGUUAUACGAUUAAACUUCCAAAUUUAGACAAAAGCUGUUGACAAUGGAUAAAGAACAGUCAUUUUUGAGAGAGUUAGACGUAGAUAACGCCAUACCAUUAGAAAUUGACAAUGGUACAUCACUUGGUAUGUCACAAGCCGUAUCUUCAGAAGAUGGUGCUGAGUUCAACUGUCCUAACUUCUUAAUGGCUAAUGAAGACUACUACUACUUGAAGUCGUCUAUGUUCCCUGAAAUGUUUGUAAGUCUACUAUUCGUCAUUUUCAGUAGAUAUUAUACCUAAAAUAUAAACUUGUAAAGACAAUAUCAAUUCUUUUUCAGGAGCCUGGACAAGUUGUAGCUGUGAAACGAACUGACGAUGAGGACACAGUACAACAACCUCCAUAUUACUACAGUCCUGAGACCAAAGACCUAAACCAUCCCUUCAAGAAUACCGUAACCUUCAACAAUGGCAUCGUCGUGCGGUCACUGCCUAACUGGAAGACCCCUGCCAGUUCAUGGCCAGAUGGCGCUCAAACUGGUCAGAUCUGUGGGUUCUUGGAAGUAAUCGACACCAAAAACAACUCAAGGUACCACAUCCCUGUACCCGCUCCUGUUCAGAUGACCUACUACAACACAUGGGCUCAGUCCUUGUCGCCAGUGCCAUUUGUAAUGUGUAAAGGAUCAGACGAGAACUCUCUGUACACCUGUGAUCUUUCUGGAGGUACCAGAAAGUGGGAAAUCGACCAGACAGCCUUGUUUGAAUCCUACAAUAACUGGAGACGCAGUCUAGGUUUAGACCGAGCUGAUGAGAGGGUGGAAAUCACCAGAGAUGACGAUGACUUCGACCUCGGAAAGCUAGAUGAACCCAAGUUUGGUAAAGUAGAUCCCAAGAACACUCCACAUGCUGGAGGUAACACGUGGGCAGGAGGUACAGGAGGCUACAACACGGCUGGUCUUGGAGGUAUAGGUGGUCCGUUCAGACUGGAUGCUGGACACGAUGUGAAACAGAUGAGCGACAAAGCCAAGAGUCAAGUGCCAGAGGAGAUCAAGAAGAAAGCACGAGCAAUUGCCAAGAAAGAGUACCAGAAACGACUCAAAGAUAUCGAGAUGAGUGAGCACGAUGCUAAACAGUACGAUGCGCUACACGCGAAGAUUGAAAAAGAAGUCAAUUCUCUGAGGAAUGUGAUUGAAUCUUUGGAAGCGAGGGAAAAGGAAAGACAAUGGGCCAAGAAUCAGACCGUCGGAGACCUGGACGACGCCAAAUUGAUCGAAGGCAUCGCGGGAGAAAAAAACAUCUACAGGUAAGCCAUGCUGCGGAAUAACAAAACAAUUUGUACAAAUGUUUCUGUACUUCUUACUGAAAUAUUUAAAUUUCAGAAAACGAGUAGAACAAGUCCCAGAGCCAGGUACGGUAAUCACCAAACCCAAAAGAGUUCAGCUACUGGUCGAUGUUUCUGGCUCUAUGUACAGAUUCAAUGGCCACGAUCAGCGUCUGAAAAAGUCGUUAGAGACUAGUUUGUUGGUAAUGGAAGCUUUGGAAGGGAAGAAGGACAAGAUAAAGUAUGACAUCGUAGGACAUUCUGGAGAUUCCCCAGAAGUCGUCUUCACAACGGCUUCGAAUCCGCCAGAUAACGAGAAGGCCAAGAUGGACGUGCUUAAGAAAAUGCUCGCACAUUCCCAGGUAGGUGUACAUUUAGGUAAUCAUGACAAAAUACCUUUUCAGUUCUGCUUCAGCGGAGACUACACAUUAGAAGCGAUCGAAAUGGCAGCACACAAGUUGGCUAAGGAAUCAGAAGUCGACGAACGAUUCGUGAUAGCCUUAUCUGACGCGAAUCUAAAUCGCUACGGAAUCAAGCCAGAACAUUUAGCUAGAGUUUUAGAAUUGGAAGACAACGUCCAUUGUUUCUUGAUUUUGAUUGGAUCUUUGGGACCUCAGGCGGCCGAAAUCAAACGAAAAAUGCCUCCGGGUAAAGCAUUUGUGAUCAAAAACACUUCCGAAUUGCCUCAGAUCAUGAAAGACAUAUUCUCUUCGACGUUGUUGUAG